AUGGGAGGCUUUGAGGGUCAUCUUUUUCCGGGGCUGUCUUUCUUCUUCUAUGGUCUUUACCACGCACAACUGUUCUCCAGAGCUUCAAUAUGCAACUACCCUGUCCAGUAUCCACCAACCCGUCCCUGGAGAAAGGGAAGAUGGGCCAAGCUGCAGCAAAUCUACUACAUUGGAUUGCUAAAGAUCAUGGGUGCCUGCAUUUUAGUAGCUCAAGAGCUGCAUAACAUUCCUGGAGAGUUUGUACUUAUCACCAAGCUAUUUCACCAAAGAAACUUUGUAUACCACAAAGAGUGGCAGCAUCUUACUCUAUAUAUGACCUUCUUCCUGAGUGGGUGUGUAGAUGUGGUAAGCCAGAACCUGCUGCCCCAGCGAUGUGUUGCCCUGGAACAAGGUGCCCAAGCCCUGGCCUUGUUUGUGUGUCUGCCCUUGAUGGUGUCUCACAUUCAGGACACAGAAGGAGUAGAGCUUCAGGCUCAUAUCCUGCUCAUCCAGGCCAUGUUCCUACUGACAGUGGUGAUGACUGCAGAGCUGUGGGCUCCCAACAUGCCUCAGGUCUGGGUGAUGAAGGCCCUUUUAUAUAUGGUGGUAGGAUCUUGGCUGAUGCAUUUAGGCUUUAUGCUGUUCAAACCAAUAUCUGGCUAUAAAUGGAUGGAUGAUGACAAAAAUGACAUUAUGUUUGUUACCACCUUCUUCUGCUGGCAUGUGACCUUUGCUGCCAUUUUGAUGAUCUGGAUCUAUGGCUUCUCUUUCAUGUGGUAUUAUUAUAUUUGUUGA